AUGGACUGGAAGACGCUCCAGGCCCUCCUGAGCGGCGUGAACAAGUACUCCACGGCGUUCGGGCGCAUCUGGCUGUCGGUGGUGUUUGUCUUCCGCGUGCUGGUGUACGUGGUGGCCGCCGAGCGCGUGUGGGGGGACGAGCAGAAGGACUUUGACUGCAACACCAAGCAGCCGGGCUGCACCAAUGUCUGCUACGACAACUUCUUCCCCAUUUCCAACAUCCGCCUCUGGGCCCUGCAGCUCAUCUUCGUCACGUGCCCCUCGCUGCUGGUCAUCCUGCACGUGGCCUACCGCGAGGAGCGCGAGCGCCGCCACCGCCAGAAGCACGGGGACCAGUGCGCCAAGCUGUACGCCAACGCGGGCAAGAAGCAUGGCGGCCUGUGGUGGACCUACUUGUUCAGCCUCAUCUUCAAGCUCGUCAUCGAGUUCCUCUUCCUCUACGUGCUGCACACUCUCUGGCACGGCUUUGGCAUGCCGCGCCUGGUGCAGUGUGCCAACGUGGCGCCCUGCCCCAAUGUCGUGGACUGCUACAUCGCCCGGCCCACCGAGAAGAAGGUCUUCACCUACUUCAUGGUGGGGGCCUCUGCGGUCUGCAUCGUGCUCACCAUCUGCGAGAUCUGCUACCUCAUCUUCCACAGGGUCCUGCGGGGCAUAACCAAGAACAAGUCCCCCAAAAACCGCAGCCUCCCAUCCUCCACCAGCCGGGCCUCUACCUGCCGCUGCCACCACAAGCUGGUGGAGGCCGGGGAGCUGGGCUCCGACUCUGGUGACGACAAGAGGCACGCGUCAGCACCCACCAUGACCCCUAUCUGA